ACAGAGGUGAGAUGGAAUAUGGCUCUCUCCAGAGGUUUGAGAUGCUGUCAAAGGGUUUUCUCUUGGAUACCUGUGCUUAUAAUAACCUCGGUGGUGUUGUGGUCAUACUACGCCUACGUCUUUGAGCUUUGUCUUUUUACACUCACCAACACAUUGGAAAAAGUCGCCUAUCUACUGGUAUUUCAUGUUUGUUUUAUGAUGUUCUCCUGGACCUACUGGAAGUCCAUAUUUACCCCUCCUUCAUCACCAUGCAAAAAGUUUCAGCUGUCAUACUCAGACAAGCAAAGAUACGAGCUGGAGGAGAGGCCAGAUGCUCAGAAGCAAAUCCUGGUUGAGAUUGCAAAGAAACUGCCCAUCUUCACCCGAGCUCAAUCUGGAGCUAUCAGGUUCUGCGACCGCUGCCAGGUACUGAAGCCUGACCGCUGUCACCACUGCUCAGUUUGUGAAACGUGUGUCUUGAAGAUGGACCACCACUGUCCCUGGGUGAACAACUGUGUGGGCUUUUCCAACUACAAGUUCUUCCUGCUUUUCCUCUCCUACUCCAUGCUGUACUGUGUAUUCAUUGCAGCAUCAGUCUUUCAGUAUUUCCUCAAAUUCUGGGUGGGGGACUUGCCAAAUGGGCCCGCAAAGUUCCAUGUACUCUUCCUCAUGUUUGUGGCGCUCAUGUUCUUCGUCAGUCUCAUGUUCCUCUUUGGCUAUCACUGCUGGUUGGUGGCCAAAAACAGAUCCACUUUAGAGGCCUUCUCAGCUCCUGUUUUUGUUACCGGACCAGACAGAAAUGGCUUCAAUGUCGGCAUACGUAGAAACCUGCAGCAGGUGUUUGGAGAGGAUCGGAGACUGUGGUUCAUCCCCGUCUUCACAAGCCAAGGGAAUGGUCACUACUUCCCCUUGAAGAAUCGGAGUUCUGAAUCCCACAACCCCUUAUUAGCUAAUGAGGAUAUGUGGGAAGAGUCAGAUGACGACUCUGAGGAAGGAAGCCUGGUUGAAGACCAAGACCCCUCUGUUACCAUAGAGAUGGAGGAAUAGAAUUUAAUGUAAGGACAAGUUACACUGGUACAGAGGAUGUAUAUUAAUAUCGCACGCACUGUGUACCACGAGGCAAAUGCAUUCCAAAUCAUGUGGAUGUUCAGACACAAAAAAAUCUUAAGGGGGCCAAACGUGUGGAUUAAAGCCUGCAUUUGGACUGUCAUUGCCACUUUUACAUAAUGAUGUAAAGAGGAACUCACUGGACAACCACCUCUCCUCACCUCUCAUGGACAACAGGGUCAGUUUGAUUCGGAACAAACCCGUCAAAUAUUACCUUGCGCACAAAGAGACAACUGCUAUUUACUGUACCAUGGCGGCAUAUUUCCCUCUGAUUGUUCAUCUCAAGGCACUGGCCUCUGUGGGAUUAUAAAUUGUUGUUAAUUGGGAAGGUUGUAAGGCACUGUACUAGUUAGCCUCUGUUUCAAUGUUGGGCUGUGACUUUACAGUGUUGCAUCUUAGAACUUGAUGUGUGACCUCACACCCAUAAUGCUCCAGAGGUAUCCGGUAGUGAUUCAGUUGUCUGGCCUCUACCAGUUUGGGUCAUGCAGCAUAUUAACAUAGAUUUUUUUUUAAUAAGUGAACAUAAACAUAUUAGAAUACCUGACUUAACCUUCGCCUUAUUCAUAUAUUUAUUCUGUUGUUUUGGGAGUCCAUUUCUCCUAAGAAUGUAUCUAGCACCUGCUUGCGAGUAGACUGUGCCAACAUUUUGGGCACCUGUUUGCGAAAGAACAUCUCACAUGCUUUAUCUCAGCAUUAGUAAUAAUGAGUAAAAAUGCCAUUAAUAAUGUCUGAUCAGCAUGUAAUACACAGAAAACUAGCAUAAAGUUGUAGCUUUGCUUCACAGCUACAGUUCAUUAUGUUUGAAAAGGAAUGCUUAAAUCUCAACCAGAGUAUUAUAGCAAUUAAUCAUAUUUUUUCAGUGGAGUAAUAUCCUGAAUAUAUUGUAUAUCAUGGCUUCAACGAUGUUGGCUUCAUUGCUAAUUUACAAAAUGCAGUUUGAAUUUUUUUUUUUAUCUGGGAUGAGCAUACAAGAUAUACUGUGAAAGACCUUUUUAAAUAAAAUGAUCACAAUCUUGUUUUCUAGCAUAUCAGCCAUCCCCAGUAUGAUUAAACUUCUGUGUUGAUGCAAAGUGAGAGGAAAUCAGCGUUCAUCAUGGGCACAAAAUCGCACAUAGGAGAGGACGUGGGUUUUCUGUCUGUAACUGUACAUGUAUAUAAUGCCUGAUCCUCAUCCACUGGUUGGUGGAGGUCAGCGGUCCUCUGCAAUACGAUGUUCUAAAUUUUUUCUACCUGUGUUUAUGUAUUUUGAAAAUUUUAAUACCAACGAAACAGAUUCUCCUCAUUGAGACUGUCUGGUUUAUGGACUUAUGUAUUUAGCCAGUGUGCUUAGUUGAAAACCAUUUUUCUGUGACUGAGUUCACCCAUUUAUUCACUAUGAGGAGGGAGUUGGGCCUUUAUCAAAGCUUGAUGCUGUAUGAUCUUGACACUUUAACUUGCUUCAUCAGAUCUGUUUUUCUACUAUGUUGGGAAAGCCAAAUCAAAUGCUGCUCAUGUCUAAGAAAUUUGUAUCAUAACAUACACAACUCAUUUAUUCAUUAAAGCUGUGUGUCCUUUUUAUCCGAGGUAUGAUUCAGUGUUUGAAAGCAUGUAUAAAACAUUAGGAAAGAUGUGGAUGUUGAGUGUUCAUGUAGUCUUGUGUCUAUUUAUUGUUCUAAUGUUCAGCUAUUUUCUUGUGUAUUAAGUUUACUGAUUCAUAACUGCUGCAGGCAGUGUCUGUAUAUUAUGCUUCAUGAAGUGACACUUAAACUAUUGAAGCGACUGUGCUUUUAUCAUGUAGUAGGAUAUUUAAAACAUGAGGACAAAUUCUACCCAGUUUGCAGACAGGAGUUCAAUAUUGCUAAAGCACAUACAGACACAUACAUAUGAUCCCUUUUGUGGCGCUUCCCUUUUUCAACACCUCUGAACCACCAAAAGUACAGAUACUGUUUGAUUUGCGGUUCUGUCUGUUAACAAAUAUAAAGUCUUUAUUUUCCAUCAGUUGUUGUAACAUGCAAAAUAAAAUGAUCCAAGUUGAAC